AUGCCCAAAGCAGUCUCAAUCUUCAAAUUCGUCGGCACGAUAUCCCUCGGCCUACUCACCGGCACAUCCUACACCCUCACAACCGCCACCCUCCCCUCCCUCCUCGCCCUGCCCACCGCACAAACCUGCUCUACCGCCCUGACACACCUCACGCGCUACGCCACCCUCCACCGCCGCAUCCUCUCGAACGUCGCCUGGGCAUCGCUCGCUCUCGCGUACGCCGUCUCGCCGCGUCAUGCCAAGCAUCCAUAUCUGCUCUGGACCGGUCUCGCGACGCUGACGGCGGACUUUGCGCCUACGUUUGCGUUGCGGGUGAGGAAGAGGGUGGUGGUUGGAGAAGAGGAGGAUGGCGUGGGGGCUGGGAGGACGGGCGAGGAGGAUGUUAAUGGCGAGACUGUGCGGAGGGAUGUGGUGCGGUGGCGGAAGGUGGAGGCUGUGCGGGCUGGGUUGGCUGGGACGGCGUUUGCGAUGGCUGUGGUGGGGAUUUGGGGGGAUGGGUUUUAG